UUCAUAACGGCGAGCGUCAUGUCCCACGACACCUGCGCAUUAUGUUGGCCUUUUACUGUAUUGCCACGCUUUGUUUACACGGAAGAAUCCCUCCCGCUAAGGCGGGGGGUAUAACGGCACACGGUCACAGCCGCGAUGCGCCGGGUCGGCCGUGGCUUGAAACGCGUUUUACUUUGAGCAACUCGGUGCAACUUGGCACAGCGUUGGCGUAGAGUGACAGAGUUGCCCUAAGUUGCUUGGAAAAAGUGCUGCUGGAGCAAGCGGGACGAUGGAAGGUCACGGAGAACGCCCUGGAGCUGAUGGACGUGUACGAGUCGGCCAUCGCGAGCCUCGCAACUGCACGGCCCCUCCUCUCCUCCGCGUGCGAGAAUGUGGACAUGCUGCUGGGCCGGCUCGCGCUGAGCUGCUUUGAGCUGCUGCUGCACCUACCGGAGUCGGGGGUUCCGGAGGACACGUGGGGGGCUUUCUCUACGUCCGUGAAGGAGAGCCAUGAGAGGCUGGUGGCUUGCGGGAACAUGGAGCUGCGCGCGCUGUGCACAGUGGUUGAGGCCGGCGGUGCGUGGGACACCCCUGAGAUGAAGGCCAUCCUGGAGGAGAAACCCCUGGACGCCGAUCGAGUCGACACGUACCUGGAGGGGGAGGGCGCGCCGCUGCUGGAGCUGCGGCUGAAGCGCCUGGUGGCUCUGGGCUGGCUGCCGUGUGCGCUGGCGCUGGCCCGGUGCUGCACGCGCCAAGCCGCCCUCUGCACGGCCACGCCGUUCUUCCGCCAGAUGCACCUGUCCCUGCUGUGCGAGUCCACCUCCUCCAACCAGGAGCUCAUGCAAGAGGUGGAGGCCCUGGAUAGCAGCGAGGCCGUGGAGAUGAUUUGCAACCUGGAGGCAGCGGGGCACGUGCGUACCGCCCUCGUGCUGUGCACGGCUGUGCUCACGCGCCAACUGCACCGCGGUGACCUCAAGUGUUCCUGGGAGCUGACCCUCUUCUGGAGCAAGCUGCAGCGGCAGGCAGAGACGUUCGACCCCAACAUGUUUCUGGAGUCAUGUCGCCAACUCGCUGCUCUCUCCAAGAAUGUCUACCAUCUCUUCUUCCUCAUCAAAGUCAUCCAGUCGGAGACGCAGGCCGUGGGCUCGUCAAUGUGCGUGGAGCUGUGCGUCCGCGGCCUUCGCAUGGAAACCAAGGAGGAGGGCCACGGCAUCACGGCGUCGCUCUGCAAGACGGUCGGCUGCCUGCUGCCCGACGACCUGGAGGUGCGGCGCGCCUGCCAGCUCACCGAGUUCCUCCUGGAGCCCUCCGUCGACGCCUUCUACGCCGUGGAAGCACUAUACACGCAGCCCGACCAGCGCUACACCGAGGAGACGGGCCUCAUCGCCAACUCGCUGCGCUGCGAGCUGCUGCUCCUGCUCAAGAUGCACUGGCCCUUCGACCCCGAGUUCUGGGACUGGAAGAAGUUGAAAAGCCGCUGCCUGAUCCUGCUGGGCGACACGGCGCUGGAGAUUUGCUCGGCCGAGGAGCUCAGGGAAGCCAUCGAGGUGCCCGUCAAGGUGGAGAAGGUGGAGGCGGCGGAGGCGAGCGAGGAGAAGCCCAUCAUCUCCGCGGAGGAUGACCGCAUCUCGUGGCGGGAGGUGCUGUCCAACACGAGCCAGCACACGCGCUCCAACGGCCUCAACGGCGGCCGCCGGCAGAUGAGGUCCCUCGGCGGGCAGCGCAUCGCCACGCCCAUCUUCCACAAGUGCAGGCUGUGCCGGCGCGAGGUGCUGGGCCACCGCAUCGUGCGGCACUCGCAGAAGCACAUCGUGAACGGCGCGCUGCUUUGCCCUCUGUGCCCCAAGGAGUUCCGCGAGCUGCAGGACGGCCUGUGGCACGUGCAGAUGCACGUGAAGCGCGUGCGCCACAUGAUGCAGCUGCAGAAGAAGAAGCUGUUCAGCUCGGAAAGGCUGUCCGGGGACGACGACGACGACAGAGGAGGGGACAGCAGCGACAACAGCAGCAGCUCGUACGGGCGCCCCAUCAACCACCGCCGGGUGAGGAAGAGCACCGGUUAUGGCAAGGAUUUUAUCACUUUCAGUGACCCCGAGGGCUCGGACGAUGAGACUAAAGAUCUUUCCUAUCUCCCCGAUAAGGCCAAUGGAGCCGCGGAGCCGGCGAGGACCGAAGAGACCUUCGUGUGCCCGGCGAACGGCUGCCAGAAGCUGUUCAAGUACUUCAAGAACAUGUUGGCCCACGCCAAGAUGUUCCACGGCGAGGACGAGGAGCUCAUCGACGCGCUCGUGCAGCAGCAGGAGGCGCGCCGGCGUAGCUGCCGCUUCUGCAAGAGGAAGUUCGAGACGACCGACCACCAGAAAGACCACAUGAAGAUCCACCGGGGGCCGUGCCCGUACGUGUGCAUCCAGGCGGACUGCGGCAAGCGUUUCCGCACCGCCGAGGAAGUCGACGAACACUCGCUGCGGCACAAGCACUUCAGGGCCGUGUGCAGCUACGGCGACUGCCCCGAGCGCUUCAGCCAGAGGCACCUGCUGUACAAGCACGAGGCGAAGCACUACCAGUUCGGCGUGUUCUCCUGCUCCGUCAACGUGUGCGACAUGUUCGGCGUGGGCCCGCGCAAGCCCAUCUCCAAGCUGCGCGUGAAGCAGGGCGACAGAUCGAACGGCGGCGGCGGCGGCGGCGGGGGCGGCCGCGGCGGCGGUGACAAGGCGCAGAGCCGCAGGGGCCGCCCGCGCAAGGCGCACUCGGAUCUCGUGAUGAUGUUACCAGAGAACCUGGAGGACGGCGACGUGAUGGUCGACCCCAAAAUGCGCAACGCACUCGGCACCGUCGGCACGGCUCAGGGCUUCGUCAAGGUGAAGAAGAAGGCGCUGAAGCAGUUCCUUUGCGGCAUCAACGGCUGCACGCGCGCCUACACGUGGCUGAGGAGCCUGAAGCAGCACAUCGUGAUGUCGCACGAGGAGCACAAGCAGGUGGUCACCAAGGAGCGCCACCUGCUGCCGGGCACGCUGCACGGCGAGGACGGCACGGCCGGAAUGUUUGGUGGCGGAGCGGCGAGCGGCGCCCUGCAUGCCCUGCAGAAGGCUCAGCGCGAGAGGGUCCGGUCGCGUCCGCUGCAGCGCCAGAUUAGGAUCCGGACCGGGUGCACGCACAACCGCUACGCCAAGUGGCCGGCGAUCUACAAGAACGGCAAGUUCAUGUGCAGCCGGUGCUUCUCGGUUUUCGACAACCCCAAGUCGCUGGGCGGGCACCUGGCCCACAAGAAAAACUGCAACCCUCCCUUUGGGAGGUCUGGGGACAGCGACGAGAACGAAUCGAACGAAGCGAUGGCGGGUGAGCGGGGGGAGGAGGAAUCGGCGUUCAAAUCGGAGGAUAACGAGAUGGUGAUGAUGGACACAUUUAAUGACGACGACGAUGACGACGGAGUUGACGGGAGCGAUGGCGCUGCUAAGGAGGAUCUGGAUGACGUGCCUGGUGAAUGCAAGAGGCUACUGCCGUCCGCCAGCGCGGGCUUCCCGGAUGCCCGCGGUGACGCCCACAACGUGAUGGCACAGGGGAGGACCCAGGCCGCGCGUCAAGAAGCCGCCGUGUUAUCGCGCGUGAAUAUGAAGCAAGGCACCCUCCGGCAGGCCAACUUGCUGUGCUCCGACGCGUCCGAAGGUGGCGAGUUCCAGGCCUUGUCUGGCCAUGCCCAGCAGCUCGCCUUCGUGAAGACGGAAGACUUCAGCCCGACCGCCGACGCCGACCUGUCCGGCACUUCGCAAGCGCUGGACGGGUCCUUGGAGAGUAGUUCCAGCGACCCGUCCUACAGGCCGCCGCCGCUCGAGAGGACGGACUGGAGCUCAAACUCGUCGGAUUCCUUCAUCCAGCCGUGCGAGAAUCUCAUGCCCAGCAGCAGCCCCGCGGCGGAGGUGACCGACCACUUCAGGCAGGCGUACGCCGUCAACUCUCAGGUGGACCCGUCCAUCAACGUGGACCCGUACAACCAGCCGUACGAUGGGCCGGUGCCGGGCCUCCUGAGCUCCUCAGACCCUCCGCUGCCAUCAUUCGACGGCUGCGCACCGACGUCGGCACCAUACCCCUACAGGGCGCCGUUCACGGGCGCCGACGGUGGCGUGUCGGAGCGGCCGCUGUCGUCGUCAUCCUACAAGCCGCCGUUCUCGAGCCCCGAGAUCAACCUCGCCGAUUCCGCGUACCUCUUCAAGCCUCCGCCGCCGGACCUGAACGCCGAGGGCAUGAUGGGGCAGUACGGCGACGCGGACGGCGGCGCCCCGCCCGGCUUCCGGGCACACGUGGAGAUGGUUGGCGUUGAGACGGUGGAGCCUGGUGCGUUUUCAACCGACCUGCAGCCGUCCGGGGUCUACCCCACCAUCCAGGGUGGACUCUUCGGGGAGAUGAGCGUGAGCGAGAUUUUGGAGACGGUGCGGCAGAUGGACUUUGAGAACCCGGACGGAAGGGCCGAGGCGAACGGCGCGGCCAACGCCAGCGUGUGGUCGGGCACCAAUUACGAUCAGCACUACUGGAGUCCCGGCGCGGGCGACGGCGGCAUGGGACAGCCGAGGUUCGGCUUCGAUGACGAGUUCUUCCCAGAGUUUUCCGACAGCGUCGACGCGCAGGUCGUGAAGCAGCCGAGGAAGAGGAAGCGAUCGUCCGACGAAUCUGAUCGCCCAUCCAAGAUGAAGAUCAGGCCCUACGUUUGCCACAUCUCACUUUGCAAGUACGGGGCGCUGACGCGGUGCGCACUGGUAAACCACUACACAAAAGUCCACAGCUACAGCAAGAACGACGUUGCUCAACUGAGCCACUGCCAGUCCACCUUCACGCCGUUCCGCUGCGUGAUGCCCGACUGCAAGAAGUCGUUCACCCGAAAUUCCAACCUCCGGUCGCACUACCGUGGGUGCCACAAGAUCGACGAAGUCCAGCUGGAGAAGCUGUGCCGUGCGUCCCUCAACGCCCUGGCGCCGCCGACGCUGCUGCUCGACUCGGCGGCGGUCGGAUGCAGCUCGGAGGAGAUGGCCGACGAGAAGCCUCCGCCGCAGCAGCAGAAGAUACUGGUGCCCCCGCCGACCACCCUGGCCACGGGGCUGCCGCAGGAGGACGGCGCCGGGCCCACCUGCUCGACUCCCGUGCACCACAUCGUCAAAGUGGAGCCCAACGAGGAGCACGGGGCGGAACUUGGCGACCUGGCACCGCCGCACGUGACCGCUCCGGACAUGGCUCCGCCGCCGCUGUCGCCGCCGAUGAGUGGCGAUCGGGACCCGGCUCGCAAAAGUGUUGACAUGGUGAAGGAGGAGUGCCUGAGGGAGGCCAUCAAGUUGGAGAGGAAAUGGAGCUCGUCGCUGAGCGAGCUCUUGCAGUCGAAAGAGUCGCCGGUUGACCAGGAGCAGGCCGCCGCCACCGCCGGCAGCAGCGGCGUUGUCGGCGGCUGCGGUGAAUCCAGCAAAGGAUUAAGCGACAAGGCCCUGCAGAACUUCAUCAAGGCGAGGAUCAACGCGAAGGUGAAGCAGAAGAUCAAAAACAAGAUCAAGCAAAAGGGCAUCCGCUGCACGUUCAAGUGGUGCAAGGCGUUGUUUGACACGGAGGAAGAGCUGCAGCAGCAUGUGGUGAAGCACAAGGAAGAGCCGCCCGUCGUGAAGAUAAUGCGACUCUACAAGUGCAACCUCAUCGAGUGUGGCAAGUCGUUCACGCAGCUGUACAAGCUGAUACGCCAUUACUCCUACAACCACCACAUGACCCUGGAGGAGGUGCGGAGCACCAUUCCGACCGAGUACAUCAGCGAGUUCCGCUGCGACCAGCCCAACUGCCUGGGCUCCUUCACACGCUUUUCAAACCUCCAGCGGCACCAGCAGAGCCAGCACGGCAUCAACUUCGAGGCGCCCAAAAAGAAGCCGUUUGCGUGCAACUUCUCGGGGUGUAAUGCCUCAUUCGGCGUGGCGCUCAACCUCCAGGCUCACAUCAAGCAGAAGCACCUCGGCGGCAAGGAUGGCCCGCGCCUCUCCGACUCUGACGGCGGCGUCCAGAUCUCGGAGUGCGAGCAGAGCGGCACCACGGACGAGAGUGAAGAGCUCAGCAGCUCCGGGGACCAGUGCUCGCUUGAGAACGCAUUCAAGGUGAGCAAAGAGGAGAUGCCCGACGUCCCGCCGGCCUCGGACAUGGAACAUUGUGAGCAUCAAAAGCAGCAGCAGCAGCCGCAGCAACAGCAGCAGCAUCCGCAGCAACAGCAGCAGCAGCAUCCGCAGCAACAGCAGCAGCAGGAGCAUCCGCAGCUGCAGCAGCAUCAGCAGCAACAGCAGCAGCAGCAUCAGCAGCAACAGCAGCAGCAUUUGCAGCAGCAGCAUCAGCAACAGCAGCAGCAUCCGCAGCAACAACAGCAGCAUCUGCAGCAUCCGCAGCAGCCGCAGCAACAGCAGCAGCAGCAGCCGCAGCAACAGCAGCAGCAACAGCAGCAGCAACAGCAGCAGCAACAGCAGCAGCAGCAGCUGCAGCAGCCAGAGAAGUGUGCUGUGACGGAGGCUCCGCCCGACGUCCCGUCUGCGACUACAAAGAGCGGCGGUGACGAUGCUGCACCGCAAGGCCCCCCGCCAACCGCCAUCUGCCCCAGCUUACUGAAAACGGAGCUAGAAAUGCUAAAGAUUUGCAAAAAGGACAUAUGCAAAGAUCAGUAUCCUUGCAUGCUCAAGGAGUGUGCAGGAGUUGUGCGCAGCCAGUAUAGCCUCAUGAGACACUACAGAGUGGUUCACAAGAUGCCCACGACGCAAUUAAAUUUCAACUACAAAAAGCUGGUAAUCUGUCGGGGCUACGAGUACAUUUGGCGCAAGUGGAAUGAAGGUUUCCUCGACAAGAUGCAGGAAGGGAAAACCGAGCCGAAGCCUCUGGAAAAGCCGAAGCAAGAAGGAGUGUGGAAAGAGAUGCAGAGUCAGCGAGUGAUUAAAGUUGAGCAUGACCCGCGAGUGAUUAAAGUUGAGCAUGACCCUGACAUUUUACACAAUGGUGUGCGCAUGCUGCUCGAGGGUGACCUGGAGCCGUCGGGAAUAAUCAAUCGGUGCGGAGAGCUGAUCCCGAUGCCGCAAGAUUCCAGCUCGAGUUUCUCGACCACCACGACUUUCGACGUCGUGAACGGCAGUGGCACGGAGACUAUGAACUUUUUGUCCAACGUGUCUGGAUUUUCAAAGGGCGCUCUCGGCUCCCAGAAUCAGCUGCGAGCCCAGACGGCGAUGAAGCGCGUUCCCGCAAAGCGGCUGGACAAGAAGUGCAUCUUGAAGGGCGUCUCGGUGUCCGACCCGAAGCGCAGGCGAGGCCGCCCGAGGAAGCUGCCCGACCAAACGGACGCCGCCGCGGUUGCCGGCACGACGGAGGCGACUUCGGAGCCGCCACAAGCGUGCGAGGGCGCCGCGCAGGUCACCUCGGAAGUCCAGGGAGACGGGGAGUCUUCGAAAGGUGAGCAGCAGCAGCAGGCCGAGACGACCCCGCCGCCCACUGCCCUGCCACCACCACCCCCCGCGCCCGACAAACGCCCGGCCGCUGUUGAGCGCGAGCGUCCGCUGCAGCAGCUGCUGGAGAACGUCAAACCCGUGGGCUUCGAGUCGUCGUUUAUCAAGUUUUUGCAAAACUCGCAGAUCCACAGGCAGCAGGGCGGCGGCGGCAGCGGCGGAGGAGGAGGCGGGGGCGGAGGCGGGGGCGGCCGCGGCAGUCGCGGCGGUCACAAGGGGAUGAUCUGGGUGAAGCAAGCGGACGGCAGGCAGAAGCCCCUGCAGGCCACGCGCAGGGCUCACGGCGUCGCGCCCAUGCGGGGAAUGGGCGCGGGACCUCUGCACCUGCGACGGUCGGGGCCGGACGCGCACAGGCACCCGGUGCUGCACCCGCUGGAGAACAGGAGGUCGAGCUUCGAGGAGGUGAUAGUCAUCCCGGGAAAGGUCUCCGGGCACGUGAAGGGGCUGCGUCUGGUGCUGGACAAGCGGCUGCUUCAGCACACGCAGCUCAAGGUGAAGCAGCUGCUGUCCUUGAAGCCUGUGGUGAUCCUGGAGAGGCUGCAGAGGAACUCUGAUCCGCGGGACUCUCUCCUGCCAGUGGCUGUGGAUCUGCAAGCGUAGCGUUGUGCGUUCACACAAUGAUCGUCAGCAGUAUUAAUGUGUCUAGUGACGAGGGCUGUGAGCAUGUAUUAAAAAAAAAUGAAUGAAAAAAAAUGUCACGUUCGGGAAUCGACCUUUUUAAUUUUAUCUAUUGUGUUUGGGUUAAUUAUUUUCUGGAAAACACGUUUAGUUGUAAGGUGGUAUGUACAUAGUGGUUUUCAUUUUCAACCUUGUAAAAAAACUCCCAUUACACCAGUGAAACCGCCUGUUAAUGUAGACUUAUAGCAGGUUUGCCUUUUAUUUACAAACUAUCAUGUUCUCUGCUAAGGAUACAAUUGUUUUCCCCACAAUGCCAAUGUAACAUUUCUGUGUUGUGACCUGAUGGUGCUCUUUUAAUUGAUAUUGCCACGUUUACCGUGUAAACUCCACUGGCAACGAAACAUUGAGUUUAUACUAUCAGUUCAGUUUUGUUUUUCCAUUUAGUCUUUUUUUCUGGUUUGAGUUUUGACUUUGGUGUAUAGAACGUCGCUUUACGGGGCUUGCUACGAAACGACUUUAUAAUAAACUUAAAAAUUAAUGAAAACCUUGCAGAGAUACACUUGUAUGAUUUCGUGACCACGAUGUAUUGCUUUUGACUUAUUUGUAACUCAGUAAAUGCAUUACUUUCAGUCGAUGGCUGUUGUCCAUUUGUCACCACAGCGGUACCUUUUAGAACAAUUGUGUUUUUCUACAUGCAGAGUAGUUGAUGCAAAUUCACAGAUGAGCGUGCCACAUGAGCCAAGAUUGUUUAACACGUAGGCUUUCGCGACCUAUAUUUGUAAUAAAGGUUUUUGGGU